GCCUGUGUCAGCUUCGGCGCCUCUCGGAACGGUUCCUCUGGCCCAGCCUUUCCGAGUGAUGUUAAGGAGCAAUUUUACGAUAUUUUGUUGGUGUAUCUCUGGGAAACAUAGCAGGUGGAGAGGUAUGUGGGCACAUUCAAUGACAGUUCAAGAUUACCAGGAUCUCAUAGACAGAGGAUGGCGAAGAAGUGGAAAAUAUGUCUACAAACCUAUCAUGAAUCAAACGUGUUGUCCUCAGUACACGAUAAGGUGCCAGGCUUUGUGUUUUCAGACCUCCAAAUCUCAUAAGAAAGUUCUGAAGAAAAUGUUGAAGUUUCUUUCCAAAGGAGAUGUUUCAAAAGUAGUCACUGAAGAAGAGCCUAUGGAUUCCCGUAUAGAGGAUGCAGUCACAUGCGGUUUUGCAUAUGAAAGUGCAUCUCACAUCAGUCAGGCUGAACUGACUCCCUUGAGCGUGGAUCAUGCAGAGAGGGUGGAGAAUGAGGAUGAGGACGCAGGAGAAACAAAAGAAGAGGUGGACGUGCAGAAGGUGGAAUCGGGUUCUCUUCAGAUAUGUGCAGAUAAAGACACUCCAGUCCCUGGAGAACCAUCACGUUCGGCUAAAAUUGUGCAUGCACCUAAGCCAGGCAAAGGGGCUGAUCUAAGCAAGCCACCGUGUCGAAAAGCAAAGGACAUACGGAAAGAAAGAAAACUGCAGAAGAUCCUUCAGAACCAGAUGUGCACAUUUGAAGGCUCUCCACUUCAAGCAGGAGAUCAAGUUUUCCUCUUGCAAAACUCUAAAUCUAAACCAAACCAACCUAAAACCAUUGAAGACUUCAUUUUUGUCUCUUUACCUGAUGAUGCAGCGCACAAAUUAGAGGUGAGGGUGGUGAGAUCAUCUCCACCAAGUUCACAGUUCAAAGCCACAUUUCAGGAGUCUUACCAGGUCUAUAAACGUUACCAGAUGGUUGUUCACAAGGACCCACCUGAUAAACCAACUAUAAAUCAGUUCACACGAUUCCUCUGUGAUUCCCCUCUGGAGGCAGAGAAUGCACCAAAUGGACCAGAAUGUGGCUAUGGUUCUUUCCACCAGCAGUAUUGGCUGGAUGGGAAGAUAAUUGCUGUCGGUGUAAUUGAUAUCCUGCCCUACUGCGUGUCCUCAGUCUAUCUGUACUAUGAUCCAGACUAUUCUUUCUUAUCUUUGGGAGUCUACUCUGCAUUACGGGAAAUUGCUUUUACUAGGCAACUUCAUGAAAAAGCUCCCGAUCUCUGUUUUUAUUAUAUGGGUUUCUACAUUCAUUCAUGCCCCAAAAUGAGAUACAAGGGUCAGUAUAGGCCCUCUGACUUGUUGUGUCCAGAGACAUACGUCUGGACGCCUAUUGAGCAAUGUCUGCCCCUGCUCGAGCACUCAAAAUACUGUCGAUUCAACCAGGACGUAAAAGCAGUUGAUGAAGGUCGUAUUAAGGAACUGGGCAGAGUGAGAGUACUUCACAAGAGAACCGUGAUGCCUUACAGUGUGUAUAAGAAAAGAAGGAAGGGGCCAAGCGACGAAGCCAGUGUUCAGCAAUAUGCAAGUUUGGUUGGACAAACCUGUUCAGAAAGAAUGCUGUUGUUUAGAAGUUGAAAAAUCAUUAAAUAGCAUUUCAAUGGCGCUACAUUUUAUUGCACUGCCACUGGAUGACAUGUACUAUAGUUGUGUGUUGGUAUGCCUGCUCAAAUAGCAGUAUGAAAUGCAGGUAUAUAUCUAGGCUUGUGUGAAUACAUGCUACUGUGUUUAAAGUCCAACUCCAAUAAAACUUUCAAUACAGCAAGGCUUUAGCAAUAUAAGUUUAGAAAAACAUGCUUGCAGUAUAUUUUAAUUAAGUAGUUCUAGCCUUUCUAUCCAUUUUGAAUAAUUAUAAGUAAGCAAAAUUAAAAACAGGUGUCUUUUUUUUGUAGAGACAAAGGUUGACUAAAUCUAGAUUAACAAUAAUUAAAUUACAAAUGUUUUGAAAUAGCACCUUGGAUAUCUGUCAUUAAAAAUUGCCAUGAAAUUUAUAUUCGCAUUUGUAUGCACAUAAACUCUUGCAAGAGAAUUGAAAUGUGCUGUUACUUUCUAAUGUGAAAUCUGGCAUGGUUUAAUUUUAUUUCAAUAGUGUAUUUAAAAACAGGAAGAAAUUACUUUCACUGCACAUUCUUCAUUCGUUCAAAGAAGUAGUGUCUGAGGUCCUAGUGAAUGUAGGAGUUCAUAGUAGGUUCUCAGUGGCAGGGGAUGCAGUGCUUUGGAAAACUUUCCCCUUUAGAGAUGAAACAGAAUAGUUGCACUAUAAAUAUACCAAAGAUAUGCAGCCAAGUGGCACAGUGGGUUUUUUGGUAUAAGCCUUAUCCUUUGUCUAAAAAGAGUGGGUAUUUCAAUGCACAUCACUAAUGCGAAAUAGAGCUUGGGAGGUUUAUCCUAUAGCUCUUCAGUGCACAUCUCAGAACUAUGCUAAAAAUAAGACAUGAGGUACCACUGCUGGGAUUUGUUGUAAUUUUUUUUCUGCAAAAUCAUAUGCGAAGACUUAAAUAUCAUAUUCCUGCAUUUUUACUGGCUGCUUUGUUUAUGGUGCAGCAGCUCACAGGUUAACAUCAUUAAUAACAUUUUACUAACUAUUUUUGUUGGAAACACAGGAAGUUGCGAUGCUUUAUGAAAGCACUUUAUUAUCUGAUCUAUGAACAUUGUCAUUAGUAGUCUGUGUCCGUAUCAAAUCAUACAAGCUAUAGGAACUUUGGGAAAUAAUGCUGUUGUAUAAAUCAGUAAGUAUUACAGCAUCGUAACAGUACCAAUGCAUUUGUAUUUCUUACCUUCUUGGAUAACAGAAGCUAGUAUUUACCUUGAAUCAACUUGAAGUUUCCUGUUAACCUUUGAGGAAAUAUUCUUAUUCAAGAAAUAUAUAUGUGUAGGUGUUUUUCCCCAGAAAGGAGCCAAAUUCAAUUUUACCCUUUGAGGGUUACAUCUAUCAUUCAUGGGCUUGAUUUAAUUUUAAACAGUUGGCCAAUAUUAUUAAUCAUUGAUUUUUAUGUGGAACAGACAUAAGAAUUUUGGGAUUCAAGUGCAUUGUAGAUUUAACUUUUUUUCUCAUAUCUGUUUCAUCAUUGUAAUGUUAUUGGUAUAGACUAGAGCUUCAACAGUAAUUUUAAAAAGUAAUUUUAUGUUUUAUUGAUUGGGUUGUAUUGUAUUGAUCUACUCCCAGUCUGCAACAAAAUUGAUUAUAUCUGUCAGCAUUAUAUCUGGUAUGUGUUUAUCUGUUGCCUGGUACUGAGAAAUUUCUGUAUACUGUAUAAUCUAGUUUGUCCAUGUCUUAUCUAUCUUACCUAUUGCCACAGGAGAACCACUAAAUACUACUUCUGAAUGUUAUUAUAAGGAGUUCUUCUCUGUGGAGAAAAUACCCUUGCCACUCCGUGAAACAUCAAAUAGUAUAACAUUUUCUGCCUACAUAAUGUGUUGAAAAAUGGUGAUGCCCAUAUGGUUUAAAACUAAAAGAAAUGAGAAAACCUUUUUAUAUGAUAUAAAAUCAGUUAAUGAGCACAGAGGAAUUCCAGUAUGACUUGCAAAAUCUUUAAGAUUAUCAAAACCAUUUCGUGAUGGCCUUGCUGUGCUCCUGGAGAAGUUAAAGUUUCUGUUAAAUUGCAAGAGAGCAGACUUAAUGUCACCACUGAGAGUUCUUGAAGACCUCCAUCUUUUUGUGCCCGCUAUUUGUCACUGAUAUGCCUUCCUAGAUAUGUAUUAGACUUUUUUUCUGAUGCUCUGUUUCUCUUGGGGAGCUUUUAAGGACUGCAGUUAAAGAAAAGUGAGAUAAGUAUAAAUUGAAAAUUGAGUACAGCUUGAGCUUGUCGUUAGUGUGACCACUAAAGUUAAAUGACCAUUUCCUGUGAAUUCUGAAACGGUGCUUUCACUUUCUGACCUCCAUGGGAACUGCAGCACCAUGGCAUGCUGGGCUUCUGACUCUUACUGAACUCACAUAUAUAUACAUAUAUAUAUAUAUAUGUGUAUAUAUAUAUAUGUAAACAUAUAAAAGGUCAACAUUGAGAUUAACUCAAAAAUUGAGUUCAUCUGAUGUAGUAUGCAGAGAUCUGACUUGCUGCUUUAAUGUUAUUUUAGAAGGAAAUGGGUGCAGUAUUUUUCAGGACUGAUAGCUCUAUCCCUGUUUAAGAAGUGGAAUAGAGCCUGAGGAUGAAGUUCUGUAAAUUUUGCCAUUGACUUCAGUGGAGCUGAAAAUUCACCACUAUUACAAUUUUAUUUAAUAAGAUAUUGUCUUUGAGAAUUAUUGCAGUUAGCGAUAUUUAAUUAAGUACAAACUACUUGAUAAGACUUUUUUUUUUUUAGUGUCGUUAGGUGGUGAGAGUUAAUCCCUAAAGUAAGGUUGCCUUGUUCUAUCAUCUGUUGAUAAAUGAGCAUGGAGUGGUGGUAAGAAAAUGCAGAGCUGUGACCAGUGCUAAAACAUACCAUUCUUUGUUUUAACUGGAAAUAAAUGGGGAGCUUACUCAUUUCCAGCAUCAACACAUUUCAGUAAAUGCAAAAGAACCCGCAUGUUGAGUUUGUAAUUGCUUUUCAGCCGGCCUUGUUUGACUUGUAAGUAUAGAAAAUAAAGUUAUUUCUAGUCUCUGUGAAUUAUUAUAAGUAAGUAAUAGCUCUGAGUGUGAUUUCUGUCUUACUUUAGGAAUUCAUGAUCUUGGAGGCUGACUUAAGUGUCCAGUGAACAGCAAAAUCAGGGAAGUCAGAGUUGCAGUAAUUUGAAGGGGUACAACACACAUGAGCAAAUUUUAGAACUAAAUUUUAGUUCUAGCUAGACAGAUUGAUGAAGAGUUUAUGCUUUGAAACAGAAUUUAUAAUUCUUUUGUGAAUAGAGUAGAAUAAAAUAAAGAGUCUUUUCACAAAUGGAGACUAGGUAGGACUAGCUAUUUUAGUUGGACUAUACCAUUUCUGGUUGGUUGGAAAAAAACCUUUCUCUGAAGUAAGCAGCCAAACAAGCAACACAGAAAUCUGGAUUAUGUGCACAGAUAAUCAAGCGCUGAUUCGAUGUCCUGAUGAGUGAGGCAGAAUUCCAGCUAAUUCUGCAUUCCUGAAUGAGACUUCUGUUGAAGCUUAGUGCCACCAAGGCUCGAAAUUUUGGUGUGCCAAGGCUUGCAGUGGUCCAGUGCACAAGGCUCUGUCCUUCAAAUCAUACUCCUGGGAGCAUUUAUUUUUUCUGUUUCAUUGCUCCUUUAGAGUCUAUAUCCAUUGCUCUUUUUGAAGUUCUGUUACUAUCUUUGCCAGGUGAUCAUUCUGAAGCUACCAGCCUGAUCAGCCAUGUAUUUCUGAAUUCCCUCUCUUUCUGGUUGUCCCAGAUAAUCCUUCAGACAUGUAUAUUAUGUGUUCUCCUCAUCAGUCUUUUCAUCUCCACUGUCCUCCCCUGCCCCCCCAAGCUUUAGUGGUUCUUCUUGCUCUUUCUGUCCCAGUCCUGCUAUGGGAAGAGUCUGCAUUUGGAAAGGUGUAGACAAUAUUUAGGGCAGAAGUCAUCACCACAGUUCAGGGAAAUCAUCAGCGUUUCCAGAACCAUCGUAGCCACAUACCGUACCCCAUAUAUUUAUAAAACUGCGCCUUCAGAGCCUCUCGCAUAUGAUCUCACAUACUGAGCAUAAAAAAAGCCAGAUUAUGUUUCCACUUGCCAAAUGAUUUGUUUUCUUAAGUUAGUCAAAGCAAUGGAGAGUUUCCAAGCCCUGACUGUGUGGCUGUCCUGCGGAGGCCAGGGUGGUGAGCCACGUUCCUCCGUCAGGCUCGAGCACCAGCAGCGGAAGGUGACGCCGAGGAAGGGGAGAGAGGAGCUGAAGGCGGCUGCUGGUCAGAGGAGCAUUAACAGGGAAGUAGCCGUGUGAUUUGCCUUCAGUUAUGAGACAGAUAUUAGUCUCACCGGGGAAAUAAAAAUGCACUAUGGAAAACAAAAUGUAUAAAUAACACCAUUUAUACAUGGUGCUAACCAUAUAUGUUAACCAUAGCUGCUAACAAAAUGAGUGUACCAGCUAGGCUGAUUAUAAUAAGCUCAUUUUAUGAGGGUUUUUUUUUUUUAAAAGCACAGUGACUAAGUCGCCAAGUAUACAAGCACUUACUAAACAGAACAUUUUGUGAGUAGAACUGCUUAAGUACAAAGAUAACAGAGGGUGUUAAAAUAAGUUGUAUAAGCCAAAAGGCAUUUACGGGAGCAGAUGUACAAUAGUAACUCAUACUAAACACCCUAUCCAGUUGCUAGUUGUGGUCAGUGGAUUCCUGAAUAAAACAGUAUUCUAUAAAUGAAUCUACUAUAUACAUUUUAUAGCACAUCUAAAGCUCAUCUUGCAAGAACUUUGUUUUCUAACAGCAUUGAAAUAAAUAGGAAUAUAAAUAGAUUAAAUUAACAUCUAAACCCAAGUAUAGCGUAAUACGAACCAAUCUUAACUCUGAAAAUAGUGGCUCUUAACUGAUCAUCUUAGACAAGUAGCAGCUCAGAAGCUUUCUGGCUGUAUCUCUUCAUGGUUAUAUUCUACUGUUUUGAUGUUUAUUCAUUUCCUUAUUAUAACUAUUCCCAUCAGAUUUUUGUGCUUCCCAUCAGUUAUUUCCACUUUGGUUUUGACACAUAAUACGUGUGUCUGCCAAAAGGCCUGCUGAGAGAUUCCUAUCGGGACAAAAGAAAGUGUUAGAAAGUCUGUUAAGUAGUGAAAAGAGAGCAGAGUCCACGGGGACAGUCAGUCUGCAACCUUUGUGCUGCAGAAAAAGCAGGAUUUAUUUACAGUUUAGUCUGCUGCAGGCUUUAAAAUAAAUGUGUCAGAUUUCAUUCAUUUCCCUUUGUCUGUGACAUCUGAUUGUCGUCGUCCAGGAAGAAUCAGUGGAGCAUUGUAGAAUAUUAAAAAAAAACGUUAAGGUCAGUGUACUGCAUUUAUGGCAAAAAGCUCAAGUUAAGGAAUGAAAUUACAUUAUUUUUGUUGAAAUUCUCGCUUGAUGCCUCCAUAGAAGCAGACAAGUGCAGGCUGGAUGGGACUUCCAAAAACUGUCUGCUGCUUCUCCCUUGUCUUCCCCAGGCUCCACCAUCCCUCACAGGGGUGAACCUCACUGCUUGCGUUAGUCUCUAACGAAGGCAGUUCAAUAAGCUCCUUAAAGUGAUUUUCUGCAAGGAAUAGUGUCCUUGUUACUGAAAGUUUUUAAUACCUGUUAAUUUUCAUACUUUUGGUUGCAAGUGAACCUGGCUGGGUUUGUCCCACCUGAAUAUGAAGAACCAUCACUGAGGUUCCUCUUUGCAACAGCUCUAGACAUUUUCAAAGAUUGUUACCAAGUCAGCCUGCUGGUAUUUUUCCUAAUCUGACCAAUCCCAAUUACCUUUCCUAAUACU